GGUUCAAAGUGUCAAAGCGCAACGGUGACGCCAUGAUUGUACAAAACGUAACCCGGAACGGUGCUAUCAUUAUUCAGCGGUACGGCCGAUUACUAAUCCACGCUCUGCAGGCAACAAGACUGGUCGCCCGCAAGACGACGCCUUUUUCCCGAUCGUCACGCAUUCCACCACCGCUCCCGGUGAACGUGUCCGGCGCCAGACAAAAGCAAUCAUCGAGUGCAGUGCCUCUGCGUCCGCUGCUGUUUGUGGCAUCGUUUUCACUGUUUUCGAGCAAAGCGAAGCAGCAAAUCGAGAAUCCGACCGAGGUGUCCAGCAAAAUGGCAGAAGAAGUUGUGCGGUCACUCAACGAGACGAUGGAACACGCUGACCAGCUGUUCGACGAGAACAACUUCCAGGAAGCGUACGAUUUGCUGCAAAAGUUUCCGCAACAGGAAACGUACGAGAUCAAGUGGCGAUUGGCCCGGGUGACUUACUCACUGUCGAAGCCGGCCGCGAGUGCCCGCAAGGAGGAGCUAGUCCGCGAGGCAUUCCGCUACUCGGAGGAAGCACUGAAGAUGAACGAGGCGGACUUUGCCGCACACAAGUGGUACUCGAUACUGCUGGACGCAAAGAGUGGCCUCGACGGCAUUAAGGAGCGCAUUACGCAGCUCGAAACGGUAAAGCAUCACAUGAAGCGCGCAGUGGAGCUGAACCCGACGGAUCCGACGAGCUGGUACAUCCUGGGGCAGUUCUACUAUGGACUCGCUGAUUUGCCCUGGUACCAGCGGAAGAUUGUGUCGACCAUCUUCGCCACACCGCCGACCGGUACCUACGAGGAAGCGCUCGAGUGCUUCGAAAAGGCCGAAGCUACCAAGCCCAACUUUUACUCCAUGAACCACCUGAUGUUGGGCAAGACCUACCAGGCGUUGAAGCAGGCGGACAAGGCGAAGGAAUUCAUGACGCUGGCCGCCAACGUGGCCGUCCUGAACGAGGACGACAAACAGUGCAAGGAGGAGGCGACGAAACUGUUGAAAAAGCUUUAAACCACGAAUGCGACUGCUGGACAGUCCGCCUUCCCGGGGAAUCUGGAAGUGCGCUCUCUGCCUCAUAGCCACAUCGAAUAACCUUUUUGCAUAAAAGCAUAUAUUUUUUAUAUUAUACCUGCAAAAGUAUAUGAUGAAUAAAAAGACUUGAAACCGAA